CAGUACGUUAUUUAUGAUGCUGUACGGUCGGUUAGCUUCAGUGACCCACCUAUCGACCUAAUACGAUACUCUAGCCAAGGAAGUCAGUGCCCCUUCUGAGUAAAUCAUCAUCAUCAUCACAAGUUAGGUGUUGUUGAAUGGCGUCCGACCAGAUCCAGGGAUGGCUCAACAACUGGGAGGGCGACUGCACGCCAUGGCACAUGUCGGAUGUCCACGAGGGUCUGGCUAGGUACUACAAAGUGUUGGUAAACAAGCCUUCAGUCCAGAAUAAAAUAUUUCUUCCAUUGUGUGGAAAAUCUGUGGAUAUCAAGUGGUUAGCUGACCGCGGUAAUGAGGUCGUAGGGGUGGAAGCCGCAGAAAUGGGUUUGGUGGAAUUCUUCGCUGAACAAAAUAUUGAAUAUUCCGUUGAAGCUGCAGCAUCUGUGAAAGGAAAACUCUUCCGGUCACGUGACAAUAAAAUCCGACUUUACUGUUGUGAUAUUUUCGAUUUCUCCGCUAGUGUUGAAUGUGGAUUCAGCGGGGUAUGGGAUCGUGGUUCAAUAGAGGCUCUCGAAUUCGAGGACAGGAAAAGAUACAUUGAAUUAAUGAGAACUCUUAUUAGUUCGGAGACGGGUUAUUUGGCAGAGAUUGUUGAACGUGAUCUGGGUAAGGGGCCGCCAUAUUACGUUACUGCAGAUGAACUCGAGGCUGGCUUUGGGCCCGGAUGUACGGUUACGAAAUUGAUGACUGUUACUAAACUUCCAGAAUACGCGUUUCAUGUUCCGGAUUUAAUUGGUCUCAAUGUUUUGUCCAUUACGUUUAAUUAAAAUCUAAAAGUCUGA